AUGGCCACCAUGGAGGAAGAGGACCUGUCGGAGUAUUUCCGCAUGCAGUAUGGGCAGAAGCUCCUGAAGCUGCUGAUGAAAUUCCCAGCGACAGAGGACCAAUCCCCAUCACCAUCCAUUCGGCUGCUGGAGAAGAAGAAAGAGGCCACGCUGGUGCACAGGGCUAUGGAGGCUCAGAAGGAGGCUUUCUGGACGAGGAUGGAAGCCCUGAAUAACCGAUGGGAGGAGCUCAGGGCCAAGGAGAUUCAGCUGAAGGCUUAUAUAAAGAAAUUUGAGCCGUUCAUACAGGAAAAUGACCAGAAGCGAAUCAGAGCCCUGAAGAAAGCCAACAAGGAGAAAGAGCUGAAGAAACAGAGGGUGAAGGAGCUGGCCAAGGCCAAGCUGGACAUGGCGGUCCUAAAACAGGAGCACCAGCAGCUCUCCAACAAGCUGCAGCAGUACUCCAUCUUCAACAAGUACCUGGAGAAGGUGGUCGAGGUGUCGGAGGAGUCUCGCUGGGCCCACAUUCAGAACACAGCCGCCAAGAAAACCCUCAUGCUGGGCACCAUCAAGAUGGCCACCCUGAACCUCUUCCAGAACGUGAGCAAGCAACUGAAGGAGACCUUGAGCGUGCCUGUGGAGGACACCCACAAGCAGCUGGACAUGAUUCAGCAGUUCAUCCAGGACCUCUCCGAUAUCUGGGCAGAGGUGAGAAAGAAGGACAUCCAAAGCCGAUCAAUGAUAGUUGUGGUCAAGGACGUGUAAGGGAAACACCAACUACCCCUGUUCUGCCAAGGGAAGGCUUGUCCAGCUGAGACAGGAAAGGAAAGGGUCUCCCAUGGAUGCUGCAGACUGUACUUCGGCACUCUC